AUGGCAAAACUUGUAGGAUGGGCAUCAGUUGAACGGCAUAUUCUUAUAUUUCACAGCAAAUGGAUUGCAACAAAGAUGCAACGUAUUCUUAUACAUUAUAUACCAUUGAUGUUGAUUAUUAUGUAUGGCAUAUUACUUUAUGGUAUAAUUACUCCAAUAAAUGAUUGCGGUAGAGGAUUCAAUUACAAUUCAAUGUUAUGUGGCUAUUAUAGUUGUGUAUACGAUUCUGCAGGAUACUCUUUGUAUGAAUUUAUGUCUGGCGGAGUAUUGUCUUCUAUCUGUAUAGGAUUUGGCAGUGCUUUUUUAAUCAUUCGUAUUAUUAUUCAAAAACGUCGUCUACAGCAACAGGUACACUGGCGAAGAUAUCGUAAAAUGACAAUUCAACUAUUGUCUGUCACAUCAAUUUUCUUUAUCAUAUAUUUACCUCCUGUACUUUUGGGUAUUAGUAAAAAACUUGGCGUUCCAUCUUCGGUAGGUUCUGAUUAUAGUACAUACGCAAAUUUCUUUAGCAAUUAUGUUGUCUUGCUUUUUCCAUUUACAUGUCUCGGUACAUUACCUCAAUUGCGCACUCGAGUGAAGACAAUAUUCCGAUUUUGUUAUCAACAACAACAAAAUAGAGUUGUCCCUAUAACAAUAACUGUAAAACCAAUACAACAAUCACGCGUAUAA